AUGUCGGCCGACAUUCCCAAAAAGGCCCAGGUCUUCGAAAACACAGCUGAUGAUUCUCACGAGGGUGAACUUAUCAACGCGUCUGGCCAUCACCAGGAACUUGACAGGAACUUCAGCCUUCUGAGCAUUUGUGCUGUGGCCGUGACGACUGGUAACACUUGGAUUGCUCAGGGUGGUAGUGUGUUGGUGGCGUUGAGCAACGGUGGACUUGCAGGAUGUAUCUAUGAAUUCAUCGCCGUAUCUUUCUGCUACUGGUUAGUCGCCGCAUCUAUUGCUGAGUUAGCAUCUGGUAUGCCCUCAGCCAGUGGUGUAUAUCAUUGGUCUUCCGUGACUGCCGGCAAAUAUGGACGUUUAUGUGGCUUUUUUGCUGGUUGGUGGAAUUGUCUAGCCUGGAUUCUGGGCGCUGCCUCUAUGUGCUUGAUCAUGGCACAACAGCUGGUGUCUAUGUAUGCGCUUAUGCACCCUGGGUUUGUGGUGCACACAUGGAUGACAUUCGUAACCCUCCUCAUUUGCACUUGGGUGUGUUGCUGCAUUGUCCUCUUCAUGAAUCGCUUCCUGCCCAUGAUCGGUAACCUCGGACUAUUCUUCAUUCUCGCUGGUGUCUUCGUCACUAUCCUUGUGUGUGCCAUUAUGCCCCACGUCAAUGAAUUGCCGUACAAUUCCGAUUUCAACGUUUGGGGGGAAUGGACCAACGAGACUGGCUACACUCAGCAGGGCUUCGUCUUUGUGAUGGGUAUGCUUAAUGGUGCUUACAGUGUCGGUACUCCUGAUUGCUCAUCUCACUUGGCUGAGGAGAUUCCCAACCCGAGCCGUAACAUUCCCAAGGCUGUCUUGGCACAAAUGAGUGUCGGUUUCGUCACUGGUCUCCUCUACAUGAUUGCCAUCUUCUACUCCAUCCAGGAUAUCGACGCCGUCUCCAACAGCUCCUAUAACUUCCCCCUCGCCGAGAUCUACCACCAGGCUACCGGAACUCGCGGUGGUGCCCUUGGACUUUUGAUCGUCGCCUUCAUCCCCACCUUGGUCACAGCAACAGGAUGUUUCCUUACAGCAGGUCGCACUCUAUGGACUAUCUCCCGUGACCGCGCCACCCCCUUCCACAAGUGGCUGGGCCACAUCAACUCCACAUUCCAAAACCCCUUCAACGCCACUUUUGUCUGCGGCUGCAUCGUCACCAUCCUGGCCUGCAUCUACCUCGGGUCGACCACCGCCUUCAGCGCCUUUGUCGGAUGCUUUGUGCAGUUGUCCAGUCUGUCCUACUUCCUAGCCAUCUUCCCUCACAUCCUUACUCGCCGCUCCUCGUUCGUCCCGGGCCCCUUCUUCAUGAACAACUUGAUCGGCUACAUUAUCAAUAUCCUCUCUUGUAUAUAUAUUCUCGCCUUCGUCGUCAUCUUCUGUUUCCCUUAUGCCUUGCCUACCGAUGCUGCCUCGAUGAACUACGCCAGUCUGAUGACCGGCGGUCUGACCAUCUUCGUUUCAAUCUGGUGGUUUGUCCGCCGGGGCUCCUAUGAGGGACCAAAGAAUAUUCCUCUAACAGAUAAAGCCUUGCUGAAGGAGGCUCGCUGA